AUGUUUGUAUCUUUCACUUACAAUAAACGAAAAUAUGAAGAUGCCAAGAGAGGCCAGCAGCAUGAGAAUCUACACACACUUCUGGCGAAUGAGAGCCUAGGGAACAACAACUCACUGAAUACAAAUAAUACACCUGCUAGCCCCGCCAAACUGUUCAACGCCACGUUGAGAAUAAAGAAUCCCAAUCUUUGGAGAAAUGGGAAACUCUUUUACGUAGAGAUGCCAGAGAUAUUGCCACCACAGCUGUCUCGUGGAGCAGUUGCGGCCAACGACACUACGAAACUUGAGAGCAGUUGUACUCCACAGACAUCACCUAUUACUUUCUCAUAUAACAAACAUAAAUACCAAGAGGCAUUAAGAACAAGAACGUCAUCAUAUUUGAUAAAUGAGCAAUCAAAUGUCAAACCGAAGAUUGGGACCAGUGAGACAAAGCAGCUGGGAAAAGUACCUGCGAUAAAAUCCAACUCUUCCUCGCCAUCUAAGGGAGUGAAAAUUCAACAGAUGCAACAUGGUUUUACUCCACCAGAUAGCAGUGCUGUUUCAAAUUCACCACAGUCUAACGUAUCUCAUCAAAAAGAAGGGGAUGUGCCCUCAAUAACCAGAACAAUUGAGCCAAAUUCCCCAUCGAAAAUUGUCAAACUACAGUACUCAACCACUAAGAUGAAACGGAACAGCCUACUGUCAAAUAUUGAAGGCAAUUUGAGAAAGGAUAAAAACUUUUCUAAUAAGCCAAAGACGGACAAUACGCUUCCAAAUCCUGACGAUACGUCCAAAAUUGAGGAAUCCUCUUCUCAUCGUGGAUUACUUGACAGUGCUGACACGGACCCCCACACCACAUUACCGGGAAAUAAGUUACAAGAACGACACAAGCACAGCCCUCGAGGCAGACCAAGCUCAACAUCUUCUGUUGUUUCAUCAUCGGCCAUUCUUCACCAAUCGUCUACCUCCAUGUCGUCAUCGCCUUCUCGAUCUGCAUCUUCUGCACCAUCACCAUCACCUUCGCCAUCCCCGAAGACAGAAUCUGAACCUAUCGCUCGCCAAUCAUCUGAGCCACUCAUUGAAUCAAAUUCCUCCGACGCAUCGAACUCAGACCCAGCGCGUGAGCCACAAAGAAGCACGAUUGAAACAUGUGAAGAAGCGCUCGAUUGCAUGUCACAGUACCACAAUAUAGAAGAGGAUAUAAGUAAUAGUACUUUGGAGAAAGAUGAUCUAAACAGUUAUCAACAAGCUGAAAUCGAUUGGUUUAAAAGUUUAGUCAUUGUUGCUGGAAAAUUAAAUGAUUUGAAAGACACUUAUAGGGCGAUACAGUUGGUGAAGCGGAAACGGGCAAUUUCGUAG